AUGCUGGUGGCUCAGUUCAAGGACUUCGGCUUAGGUGAUAUGCGCCGUAAUGUAGCUGACCCCGUUGUCGGUCAUGGAAUCUUUACUACUGAUGGCGAGGAUUGGAAGCAUUCCAGAUCGCUGCUACGGCCUCAGUUUAAACGAGAUCAGAUAAGCAAUCUUGAUAGGGAAGAACGUCAUGUUCAAAAUGCAUUGCACGCCAUUUCGAUUCUUUCUGACGGCGGGUCAUCCGCAGUGGAUAUUCAAGCCAUUUUCUUUCGUCUUACCCUUGACUCGGCCACAGAGUUCCUCUUCGGCAAAAGCUGUGAUAGCCAGAUUGCUGCUACGCAAGGGAAGCAGGACAGGCCUGUGAUGAUACUUUUCUCUACGCGUUUGACCGGUGAGUUUAAGAAGUGCAUUGAUAUUUUGCACGCCUUCGUCGACAAGUAUGCUCUCUCUGCUCUGAGGCAGGUACAGCAGGAGGAGGAGAAAGCCCAGGGCGCCGAAAAGGUUCCGUCGCAGUAUUUCUUCUUGAAAGCCCUGGCUCGGACUACGAAAGACCCCGUCAGGCUGCGCGAUGAAUCCCUGAACGUCCUCCUAGCAGGCCGUGACACAACGGCUUCUCUAUUGAGCUGGACGAUCCUCCUUCUCGCACGUCACCAGAACGUCUUCGAAAAACUUCGAAGCGAUAUCCUCAAACAAUUCGGUACUUAUGAUCAGCCAUGCAACUUGGACUUUGAGUCAUUAAAAUCAUGCCAGUACCUCCAGCAUUUUCUUAAGGAGACUCUUCGUCUGUACCCUAUCGUACCCUUCAACCGCCGUUGCGCGACAAAGGAUACUACGCUCCCUCGUGGCGGCGGCGUAGACGGUACUUCACCGAUCUACAUCCGCAAGGGUCAUACAGUCAUGUACAGCACCUAUGUCCUGCACCGUCGAAAGGAUAUCUGGGGCGACGAUGCUGAAAUAUUCGAUCCGGACCGGUGGGACGGCGGGAAUGCCUCUUUGGGGUAUAUUCCGUUCAAUGCGGGGCGAAGAAGAUGCAUUGGUCAGAAGUUUGCUUUGAUGAGGUCUAGUUAUGUGCUGGUGAGAUUGUUACAGAGGUUUGAUCAGAUUGAGGAUGUGCACCCGGAGAGGGAGAUUCGUUUUGGUGUUUCACUGACUUCUUGUCCGGCUGAUCCGGUGACUGUGAGCUUACAUCCGGCGGAGGUAAAGGUUUGA